GCCUUUCCUGGAUCUCUCUCAGUAGACCAGGUUGGCCUUGAACUCACAGAGAUUCGCCUGACUCUGCCUCCUGAGUGCUGGGAUUAAAGGCGUGCACCACCACUGCCCGGCUCUUUUUGUUUUUUUGAGACAAGGUCUCACUAUGUAGCCUUGACUGGCCUAGAAUUCCUAUGUGGACCAGGAAGGCCUCAAACUCAUACAGAUCAGCCUGCCUUUGCCUUAUAACAUUUCCAUUUAACUUAGAUUAGUUUUUAGAGGUCCUAUUAAUUUUUGUAUAUUGCCAAUUUUGUAAUUUAUUUUUAUUUAAUGAUUUUUAAAUUCCAAUUAAGCACACUGUGUAGUGGAUAGCUGUUCUGUCCAUGACCUUGUAACACCACCCCUAGACAUGUAGCAGGUAACUGUCCUACCUACCUAUGACCUUGAAGUACCUGCUCUGUAGGCUGCACUCUCCUCUCACUUGUGGGCUGGAUGGUGCGGACCAUCUCAGUGGCAGAACAGUGUUGGACUGUACUUCGGCUUUCCAGGAUCCAAAGUAAAUCUCCCAUGCUGUAGUAAGUUUCUCCCCACCCCCAUAAAUUCCUUCACCCUUUAAGCAGACUCCAUGGAUUUCUCGCAUUAUGUGGUGCCCAACGUGGGGCACAAACCCAGGACCCUGAGAUUAAGAGUCUCAUGCACUGACUGUCUAGGCUGCCAGCUGUCUCUGUCUAUUCCUGCAGUUUUUCAGAAACUGCUUGUUUGCACUUCCUGUUUUCUCAGGAAUAUUAUUUUCCUUCUCAGGUCUUUGAUGGGGUUGAAGACUAGAUAGUUACACUUACAAUCCUCUCAUGUAUCUUAGCUAAGAACAUUUCAGAUAAUAAAGUUAGAUUCUUUAAGAUAGAAGAGCUAUUAGAGCAAUCUCUGUGACAUGUCAUUUACCUAUGUUCAGGACAUUUCUGGAUUUUAGCAUGUGUCUCUUGUUUGAUGUUGUUCUUGCUGGUUGUAUUUCUAUUUUUGUUUAUGUUUAUUACCUUUCCCCUCUCCUGGACAAUACUUGAAAAUCGUUCCUAUUAUAUAUAGUUUUGUAUUUGGUUAGAACUUUCUUAUUUAGACAAGAAGGAGAGAUGUAGUGGAUAGCUGUUCUGUCUAUGACCUUGUAACACUGCCCCUAGAGAUGUAGUAGGUAACUGUCCUACCUACCUAUGACCUUGAAGUACCUGCCCCUGGGGCAUAGCUUGAGGCUACCCUUAAGACCUGAGACACACGUAGGCUGCACUCUUCUCUCUCGUGGGCUGGAUGGUGUGGACCAUCUCAGCAGCAGAACAGCAUUGGACUGUACCUCAGCUUUCCAGGACCCUAUGAUUUAAAUUUCCAGCACUAUAGUGAGUUUUCCCCCCAAUAUAUUCCUUCACCCUUUAAGCAGACUCUGUGGAUUUCUCGAAUUAACACUGUCCAUUUAUGUUUUGUUUUGUUGUUAGGACUUCUAGUUAAGUGCACAAAAUAAAUUAAAGUUAGUUAGUAUAAAGUCAGGUUGCCUUCUCUGUUGUUGUUAAGACAGAGUUUUAAUAUGUAUGUAGCCUUGGCUGGGCUGGAACUUGCUAUAUAGAUUAGGCUGGUCUCAAACUCACAGAUAUCUGCCUGCUUCUUUCUCUCCAGUGCUGAGAUUAAAGGCAUGUGCCACCACACUCAGAUCACCCCCCUUCUUAUUAAUACUUGCACGUUCAAUUAACAUAAUUAUCAAACAUAAAACCAGUAGGAGUACCAAACAUGUUUUUCUUCAAACACUUCCUCCCUUCUUUAAAUUGAUAUAGAAAGAGUGUCCAAGGAAAAGCAGACUGAAUGCUAGCAAAUUAACAGAGUUCUGAAAGCAAACCAGAAACUGAGCGGUUGAAAAUCAAAAUGCUUUCAAAGCAAACAAACACAAUGGAUAAUGUAGACAGCGGUUCUCAACCUUCCUAAUACUAUGACUUUUGAAUACAUUUUCUUAUGUUGUGGUGACCCCCAACCAUAAAAUUAUUUCAUUGCUACUUCAUAACGGUAAUUUUGGUAGUUAUGAAUCAUACUGUAAAGAUCUGGUAUGCAACCCCAAGAAAGGGCUGUUCAACUGCUGACCUAGAGUGACUGGCAAUUGCUAGCGGGGGGAGAGUCAUUUUCUUCAGGGAUGCAGCCCCUGAUAGUAGCCAGUAGACAAUGCUAUACCCACACCCACAUACUGGCAGCACUGAAUGGACUCAGUGGGUUUAAAAAGAACUCAGGAGUUGUAGUGGCAGCGUGCACCUCUAAUUCCAGCACUCAGGACCAAAAUCUACCUAAAGAAAUAAUGUCAAAUGGUUUGGACACAAAAAUUUCCAUGCUAGUUCCUGGCUCUAAGGCAGGUGACUUCUCCUAUGAAAAGUGAUUCACUCUUGGGAUCCCACACUUGGGUACUAUAACUGUAUAUGCAAAAACACAGCUCCCACCCCAAAUGGGAUAAGAGAGAGUUUAUCCUGGAGCCAAAUAUGAGUGACCAUGGCUCAGGAAUACAGAUUUGGGCUACCCCAAAUUCCAUGUUCCAACCAAUAACAGUUUUGUGAAAUUUUAUAGUAACAGAACAAAAAAACCCAUAAAUCAAGGGACUUUUCAAAUGAACUGGUAGAAACAUCAGGUAGGCAGUUACAGCAAAGUAGGGAAAGUAGACCUCAGAUGCUAUCUGAUGGCAGGCUUAGCCUUUGGGUCAGUGGAAUCUAGUAGUCUGUUAAUAUUCUCCAAAAGGUUUCACCUGUUAGUCACAAUGAUGUUAGGCUAGACACAGGUGAUCAGUAAUGACUAUUAAGAAGGCUAAAGAUAGCCCAUGAGAAAUUGUAAUUAUGCUCUGUACCUGUAACACUCCAACCUCUCCACAAUCAUUGAAGUUCUCAUCACUUAAUACACCUAGCAGAAGGUUCACUGGAAGGUGUUAUUCAAGAACUUUGGUUCACAGAGUUUUCCAACCCCGUAAACGCAGAGGAAACGUUAUAGUGCCUUCUUAUAGAACAGUAUUUUCUCCUGCUCCCUGUGCGACCCGACCCCACCCCACCAUGGGAACUGGCCAACCCCUCAUCCUUAUGUCUUCCUAGCAUAGGUCCUGAGAGGCUGAGAAGGUCCAGGAUUCAGUCUUAAAGAAUGGAUCCACAGUAACAGUGUAUUUCCAAUUGAGUAUUGUGUUUCCAGGAAGUCUGCUUGGAAGAGGUGGCCCACUGGUGAGCCUCUCCCUAAGACCAGAAUCUUCCUCCUCAAAAGCUCCAUGUUGGUGUCAGAGUCCAGCACUAACCCCAAAGACCUGCACAGGAAAGAAGGGAUCAGGAAGAGCCUAGGAGCAUUGGAAUGCAAAUGCUUGAGGACUGGAAAAGGGUUCUGUUGGGAGCUAUUUGAUAAUAAAGUCUUUAAAAAGAGAGUAAAGAAAGGGCUGGGAAGAUAACUCAGUGGUUAGGAGCACUGACUGCUCUUCCAGAGGACCCAGGUUUAAUUCCCACAUGGCAGUUCGCAGCUGUCUGUAACUCCAGUUCCAGGUGGACCCAAUACCCUCACCCAGACAUAAAUGCAGGCAAAACACCAGUGUAUAUUUUUUUAAAAAGAGAGAAAGUAAAGUAAUACCAAAAAAAAAAAAAAAAAGCCACAUAAGGAUGGAAAAUAGAACACAGGGAGUUUGAACCUUAUUUGGUGCUUUGUUAAUUUUGAAUUUUUUGAAUGCUAAUGAACAGAAAAUGACAGCUGCUGAGAAACACUGAAUUGGGCAAGAACCUGCUGAAUUAAACCAGCCCAGAUACUUUAGGAAUGCCUUAACUUUAAAAUGGAAGUCAGGAAAUGUAUUGCUUUGGGAAAGAAGUUAUGCUUUUGUUUCCACAGAAAACAAAAGGCUGUGGAUUUGUUCUAGGUUAAAGACGAACAGAUUUGAUAGGGGGAGACUCCCUGAAAAUACAAACUACAGACAUAAAGAAAUAAAUCUAGAAAAACUAAUAGACAGGUAACAUAUAUUUUACCUGCUCAAACAUAAACAAAAAUCAUCUUUGGCUGGCUUGUAUACAACACACAGUCCAUACUUGUAUUAAUGAUAUGUAUGUUACCUUUGAAAGUUUGUGUGUGUGUGUGUGUGUGUUUUCAGAACAAGGGGACCAGACACCAAUGAAAGGGGUAGUCCAGGUAAUCUAGCCUCUCAGAAUGCCUUUGCUGUAGUUUCCUCAGAGUUCUGCAUACAAAACAGCUUCAAAGCUGCUGGCUGAGAUGAUCCAGCCUCACAGACUAUUCUAGCCAGGACUGCAGAUAAGCCCUGCACUUUCCCAUUGCACAGAUACUGGACAACAAAUGCUAUGGCUAGUCUUCCCAGGACUUGACCAUUAUCUCAGUUUCCUCUGAGUCCUCCAAAAGAGUUCAUCACCCACAGACAAUAGGAAGCAGUCUAGAGAACACAAUGCCCACAUUCCCAAGAGGUGGGGUGGGUAGUUUUUGGUCAUUUGGUGGAUUAUGGAUGUUUGUCAUCAUUUGGGGGGUUGGUUACAAGUUGUUAUUGGUUAUGGUCAGGAAAAAAGCUGAACAAAGAUUAGAUUCAGGGAUCUAUUUCUGAAGGGCAAAAGGGGGGAUAUAGUAUAGAAAUGAUGGGAUAAAAGGGUGGAUUGUUGGGGGCUGGUGAGAUAGCUCAGCAAUUAAGAGCACUGACUGCUCUUCCAGAGGUCCUGAGUCAAUUCCCAGCAACCACAUAGUGGUGCAUAACCAUCUAUAAUGGGAUCUGAUGCCCUCUUCUGGAAUAAAGGGGUACAUGCAGAUAGAGUACUCAUAUAUAUAAAAUAAAUAAAUAAACCUUUUUUUUAAAAAAGGGUGGAUUGUUGAGUCUACUUUUAAACAACCACUAGUCUCAAAUAUUUUACAUUGGUAUGGAUUUUUGUAUAUUUAUGUUUCUAUUCUUGUUUAACAUAUUGUACCUAUGCAAAUCAUUUAAAAAUGUAAUGUAAAGUUUUAGUACUUAAAAGCUAUUUAGGAGCUGGGCGGUGGUGGCACACACCUUUAAUCCCAACACUCAGGAGGCAGAAGCAGGCAGAUCUCUGUGAGUUCAAGUCCAGCCUGGUCUAUAGAACUAGUUACAGGGCACCUAAGGCUGUUACACAGAGAAAUGCUGUCUCAAAAACAAAACAAAACAAAAAGCUAUUUAGGACAAAAAGAAAUACAGGUUAAUAGUCAUCUAUAACAAUCAAACUUAUAGUCAUGUUAAGUAAAUUUUCAAGGUCAAACAGAUAUAAAAUAUCUAUAUUUUAGAUAGAUAGGUGAUCUUCAAAUACUUCAAAGACCUACAGAAUAUGGCAUUUAAAAUGUUUUAGUUGAAAGGCCCAGAGAAAAUCUGAACAUUAGCCCACCUAUCCAGCUUCUUCUAUCACUUGACCCUUGCCCUAUAUUCUCAGUCACAGGAAGAACAGUUGGUUAAAAAUUAAGACAAGACCCAAGCUAUGUUGAGUUGUGUUAAGAUAACCACAGUCUUGCUUCUACAAACAACAAACCCCCUGUUUGUAGAAGGUUGUUUAGAUGUUAAGCUUGUAGAAGGUUGUUUAGAUGUUAAGAUGUUAUCACAAAUUAUACUACUAGCUGUAAAAUGUUAUCACAAGUUGUAAAUUUCCAGAAUAUACAGUCAAAUUGUAAACAUUCUUUUUCUUAUGUCAACCCUGGCCCCCUGACUUGUGGCUUUUGCUUUAAAAAGGACCCUGUGUUUGAGGUCACAGUCAGAGCCUGACCUGCCUCUGACCCUAACUAGUUAGAAGUUCUGGUACCUCAUGGUGAUGAAAUAAUUUGCUUCUGAUUAUCUGACUUCGGUGGUCUGAUCCUCAUUAUUUGUGAUACCCCAAGACUCAACAUAAUAACAUAAGGCUUUUUAUAACAAUGAGACACAUCUGCUCCUGGCAGCACCAAUCUACUUCAGAGAAGAGGAUCGACAUCAAAGAACCUUCAUAUGGAGUUUGCUUUCUUUGGGGCAAAAGUUAGCCACUGGGUAAGAAACUGCCCUUGCCACGACUGCUGACAGAUGCUGUCCAAAGUGGACAAGCAGGACACAAAAGAAGACAACUGCCAAACAUUGCCAAGACAAGGUAGGACAGUCUUUCAAAAUUCCUGCUUCACAGAAAAGUCUGUCAGAUAUUUUAGGCCCAUAGGCCGAAGAUGGAUGCCCCAGUGUUACAGAAGAACCUUGGGUGACUAUCCAGGCAGCCAGAUGUCUCUGUCCUCUCUUAGUUUUGGACAUUGCUUGCUCUGCACUUCUUGUUUACUCAGGUAAUAUUAUAUCCUUCUGGAAUCUUUGAUAGAAUUGAAGACUAGAUAGUUAUAGUUUUCCUUAGUUGUGAUAGAAGGUAACUUAGGCACAAAACUUUGGACUCACCAAGAUAGGAUUAAUAAUGGACUGUUUCUCUGAAUUUGCCAAAUGAAAAUGGACUGAACAUUGUAAAUGUAAUUCUUACUUAAUAAUUGUUCUUAUUGUAUAUAGUUUUACUAUGUUAGAAUUAAAACCCUUUCCUUUUUAUUUAAACAUAAGAGGGAAAUGUUGCAAGAUAUUUGAUUAUACUGUGUAAAGAUGUCAUUGUGAUUGGUUUAAUAAAAAGCUAAACAACCAAUAGCUAGGCAGGAGAUAGAACAGGGACUUCUGGACAGAGAGAGCUCUGGGAAGAAGAAAGGCAGAGUCAUCAGCCAAGCUCAGAAGAAGCAAGAUAGUCAGUACAGAGUAAAGGUUACCAAGUCAUGUAAAAGAACAUAGAUAUAGAAAUGUGAGCCAGGCAGUGGUGGCGCACGCCUUUAAUCCCAGCACUCGGGAGGCAGAGCCAGGCGGAUCUCUGUGAGUUCGAGGCCAGCCUGGGCUACCAAGUGAGUUCCAGGAAAAGGCGCAAAGCUACACAGAGAAACCCUGUCUCGAAAAAACAAAAAAAAAAAUGUGAGUUAAGUUAUGAGAACUAGUUAGGAACAAGCAUAAUCUAAGGCCAAGCUUUCAUAAUAAAUCUCCAUGUCAUUUGUGAGCUGGUGGCCCAAAGAAAAAUCCAUCUACAGGGAUAUUCAUUCCACUCAGCUGUGGGGAUGAGGAGGCAAGCUUGGGGACUGAAUGAUAAAGAGUCAUAAGUGGACCUUCAACCAAGAGGCCAGGGCAAGCUUCCAAAAGCAGUGGGAACAGUUAAUAACUUCCUGAAGAAAGUCCAGAAACUUAGCUGAGACUCACAUUUCAGCCAUAAAAGGCCCAUAUGCAAGUAACAGGGACCCACCUGUCAGCCAGGAUGGACUACCUACAAAUGAAAGAUGGUCCACCAGAGGUACUCAGAUUCCAAACUCCAAAAGCCAUCACCUCUCCAUGUAGAAAUGAAAGUGAGACUUAAGCACAGGCACUGGCAAUAUCACACUCAUUAACAGAUUAUGGACUUAAUUUAUGUGGAAUGAUCGCAUGAACAAAGUGAUUAAUAUGAGUAAAUUAUAGAAUUAAGAAAAGAAUUACACCAGGUGUGAUGGUGCACACCUUUAAUUUCAGCAUUCAGGAGGCAGAGGCAGGCAGAUCUCUGUAAGUUCAAGGCCAGGCUGGUCUACAGAGUGAGUUCCAGGACAGCUAGGGCUGUUACAUGAGGCUUGAAUUACAUGAGGCUUUUCUUUCUGAGACUGGGGGACCUCACUUAAUUUUACAUUCAAGUCCAUCGAUUUUUCCCACAAAUUCUGUGGGAAUAUUUGUGUACAGCUGUUUUUGUCUGCAUAUGUGGGAAUUACAUUUCUUUAAGAUGAAGAGUAUUCCAUUUUAUAUAUGUAUAUCAAUUUUUCAAUAUCCAUUCAUCUGUUGAUGCACAAUUAGUUUGAUUCCAAUUCUUUGUUUGUUUGUUUGUGACAGGAUUUCCCCAUGUAAUGGUCCUGGCUGUCCUUGAACUCACUUUGUAGACAAGGCUGGCCUCCAUCUCACUGAGAUCUGCCUGCCUCUGCCUCCCAUGUGCUGGGAUUAAAGAUGUGAGCCACCACCACCACCCAAUUCUUUAACAUAGUCAAUAAAGCAGCAAUAAACAUGGAAGUGCCAGUAUCUCUAUGGUAGGGAUGGAGUUUUCUGCCCAGAGGGGAAAUAGCCAAGUCAUACAGCAGUUCUAAUUUCAGUUUUUUAAGAAAUCUCCAAACUGAUUUCCACAAUGUCUGCAUUAACUUGCCUCUCACCAACACUGAAUAAGAGUCCCUUUCUCUCCACAUCCCCUCCGAUAUUUGUUGUCAGAUAGCCAUUCUGACUGGGGUGAAGUGGUAUCUCAGAGCAGCUUUAAUUUGCAUUUCAAUGAUUACUAAGAAUAUUAAACACUUUCUAAGUAGUUAUUAAACAUUUGUGUUUCUUUAAAAAAAAAACUGUCUAUUCAGUUCAUUUGCCCAUUUGUUGAUUGAUAGUUUUGUUUCUUUAGUGUUUAAUUUCUGACCUUUGUUUGUUUUUGUUUUUGUUUUUGUUUUUUGACAGGGUUUUGUGUAGCUCUGGCUGUCCUAGAACUCUCUCUGUAGACCAGACUGGCCUUGGACUCAGAGACCAGCCUGACUCUGGUGGGAUUAAAGACAUGAGCCACCACAGCCCAGCUGUAAUUGUUUAUAAAUUCUGGAUAUCAACCACUUGAUUUUCUUCCACUCUGUGGGCUAUUUGCUCUGCUGUUUUGAUUUGUUUUUCCUCUUCUGUACAGAAACUUUGUGGGGCGGGGGGCGGGGGGCUGUUCAAUACAGGGUUUUCUCUGUGUAAUAGCUCUGGCUGUCCUAAAACUUGUUUUGUAGACCAGGCUGUCCUCAAACUCAGAGAUCCACUUGCCUCUGCUUCCCGAAUGCUGGGAUUACAAAAGUGUACCACCACCACCUGACUAGUUUCAUGUAGUCCCAUCUGUUGAUACUUAAGGUCAGUUCUUAUGCGGUUGGUGUUCUAUUUAAAAAGUUCUUGCCUACCCCAAUAUCUUGAAGGGUAUUACCUAUGUUUUCUUCUGAAAGUUUCCAGUUUUAGAUUAAGGUCUCUAAUCCAUUUUAAAUGGGCUUUUGUACAAGGUGCAAAACAACAUAUAUUCACAGCAUACAGAAAGAUAUCCCCCAGCACUUCCCCUUUUCUAUCUAAUCAAAAAGGAAGGUUUUAACUUUAAUAUAGUAAAAUUGUAUACAACAAACAGUUAUCAAACAAGAACUAUGAAUAUAUGUUGUUCCCAUUGGUUAAUAAAUAAACUGCUUUGGCCUAUGGCAAGGCAGCUUAGAGGCAGGCAGGAAAUCCAAGGAGAGAGACAGGAAAGGGAAUGGUGGAGUCUGGGGAGACACCAGCUGCUACCAAAGGAGAAGUAACAUGCCGGCAGACCGGUAAAGUCACAAGAUACAUGGCAAAACAUACAGAUUAAUAGAAAUCGGUUAAUUUAAGAUAUAAGAGCUAGCUAGCAAAAGGCCUUCUGCUGUGGGAUGGUCUGUAUGUCAAAUAUGUUGCUGAUUGGUCAAUAAAUAAAUCACUGAUUGGCCCGUGGCCAGGCAGGAAGUAUAGGAGGGACAAGGAGGAGAAUAGAGCUGGGAAGUGGAAGGCUGAGUCAGAGACACACUGCCAGCCGCCAUGAUGAGAAACAGCAAUGUAAAGAUGCCGGUAAGCCAUGAGCCAUGUGGCAAGGUAUAGAUUAAUGGAAAUGGAUUAAUUUAAGCUGUAAGAACAGUUAGCAAGAAGCCUGCCACGGCCAUACAGUUUGUAACCAAUAUAAGUCUCUGUGUUUACUUGGUCGGGUCUGAGUGGCUAUGGGACUGACGGGUGACAGAGAUUUGUCCUGACUGUGGGCCAGUCAGGAAAACUCAAGCUACAGCCUUCCAUAGGCCAGACAGUUUGUAAAUAAUAUUAAGCCUCUGAAUGAUUAUUUUAUAAGUGGCUGCAGGACCUCGAGGCCAUCGGACAGGAGAAAAACUUUCAGUUACACUCAAAGGGUCCAUGGGAGAGGACCUAGGACAGGACACAAGACACACACGGCCCUAAUCCCUGUACCUUAAUACUUAUGUAGUAGUGCACUAUACUGCGGAUUGGGAGGGUGGGGCUCCAGGUUGCUAAGCAACAUAAUCAACAAGCCCAGAGAUUCAAAACUGAAGCGUGUUUUCCCACAGAAAAGGCAGAAAGUAUGAGGGUGUGAGGACUUUGGGUGGGGAGGCCUGGAUGCUGAGCUGGUAGGUGGGCAAGGGGUUAGACAAAUUUAGAGGAGGACACUCAACCAUGUCUAUACCUCUCACCCACAGGAAUUCAGGAGCUGCGGCUAGGUUGGGAAUGGUUGCUAGGGUUGGCUUCCUUUCUCACUCUGAGCCGUUAUUCCUUUGUCCGGCUUCCCUGGGUUCUGCUCCCCACAUCUCUACCCUGGAGAUAGGCCAGAACAGAGGCUGAGCUUCCCAGUGUACAUAUGUGCAUCCUUACACAGAUCCAAACACACAUAUACCUGCAAUACCACACAUUCACAUACACAUACAGAUACAUGUAGACACACUAACAGGGUGGGGUCCUCUGCCCUUUAUAAAGGGGUCAUGCCCUUAACCUUACCCCAACCAAAGACUAGGGAUCGAGGCACAGGACCAGACCAAUCUAUGGAGCUCCAGAGUCAGGGGACGCCGAAUGACCCAUGACCAUAGUGAUGUGGGCUGUGGAGCACCAGCGGCAUGCAGGACAGUCCAUCUGGUGUUAUACCCCUAAAUUGGGUAUACUCCUAAAACUGGAGAGGAUUAGAAAGUCAUACCCUACUGCAGAUAUGCACAGGGUCAGCUACCAGUUAGGGAUCUGAGUUAAGUGGCUACAAGAAGUUUCACAGAAACACAGCUAGAGCCAUAGCGUUCCCCCUAAGUAGCUGGAUGUCCCCUUUCUUCCACAGACUGGAGCAUGCCAUCCCCGGGAGUAAAAGGUGCACGGGAGCGGGCCAAAAAGAGUGAACCAGGAGCUGGAGCUGGCAAGAAAGGCAUGAAGGGCCCGUGGACUACAGAGCCUCCGAAGCCAGGCUGGGCUUUGACUCAGGAGAGGCUGGCGGCCAUGCUCCCCAAACAACGCCACCGCCACCUGCUCUUUGGAGAUCUGCUCGAUGACGCAGGCGCAGCCGCCUCCAUCUUUCCACGCGAGUCAGUGGAGAUACCCUACUGCAUGCCCGACCCACGUAUCUGGACGCAGGCAUUUGAACCACCAGCUGAGCGUCAGAAUAGGCUUCUGGGCGUUCUCAAGGCCGCAGAAGCCCGCGGCCGAGUCCGGGCGCUGAGGUUGCGCUACACCCGAAUGCGGGUAUGCAAAGGGCCUACUGGGAGCGCCCCAGAGAAAGAGGGCCCACCCUGCUUGUGGGAGGAGGCAGACGGAGGGUUGCCUCUGGACAGCUCGCCAGGGUUGCUCAGUAAACUCGGUUCCCAGGCAGAGGAAAUCGCUCUCCUGAUCCAGAAGCAGGGCUCCGCACGCGCCGCCAUCAGGCUAGAACUGUUCCUACCACCCCAACUGAAGCCCACGAAGAUCCCCGAUCCUCUGGGCCGUCAAGAGGUGCAAGCAAAACAGAAGACGGGUGGGAGUGGGUAAUGGGCCCCGUGCCUCAUCACACACUGACCCUAACCCCUUUCUCCCCAGCGGAGACGUGUUGAGACAAUCCUGGAAGAGGCUGUGGAUGGCAGCAUCUUCCCACGAUGACCCGCGACCUUGGCCUACAGAGACCCUGGAUUAGAGCGGCUCCCCACCCCUCUCACAUAAAGUUCUCUUCAGAGGGUGUUCGGGUCUUUUCCCUCUUUUGCUCCUGGGUUCCCAAUGGGAAGGGCAAGCAUGGAUGCUGCCUCUCCCACAGUCACAGUCACAGACUUCAGGGUACAAGAGAUGGGCUCUCCAAAGUAAGAUGUCGGUGGGUGGAUGUUAAAGGAACAGCUAUGCCCCCAACCAUCAACUCCCAUCAGGCAAUGGGUGCUGUUCAGGGCCAUAGAGGUGAGUGUGUGUGUUGGGGCGGGGCAGGGGGGUUACUAAUGUGGAAAAGGAUAGGGAUGAGCCUGCCUGUACACUCCCAGAAAGGGAUGUCUCCAAAGUUAGGGUCAUUCCAUCUGAGGACUGGGGUGGCAUCCUAGGAGAGAGAAUGACUGCAAAGCCAAAGCUGGCCUUUGGAGAGUCCAGUCAUGCCCAGAGGACCAACAGGUUGUGAAUGGGGUCCUCCUCUCCAAGGUCCCUGGAUGGUGGGACAAGACUCACCCACAGUCUCCCUUUCAUCAGAAACAGCCUCCUGUGCCCACUCAUCCACCAAACACGAGCACAAGAAGGAAGCCACCUAUCCCGUUCUGACCACUAGACUCUGAAAACUCCUUGUUUCUGGGCAGCUCAUCUUCCUCUUCUCCACAGCAUGGGCUCUUUGCAGAACCUGUGGUCUUUUUGGCCCCUUGGUCCCUUGGCCUUGUCCUCCUUCCCAGCCUCCCUACCCAGCAGGCUGCCGAGGUGGAAACUAUAGGGAGGUAGACAGCUCCCCGGCUCUGCAUGGGAGCUCCGACUGGUUCUGCAUGGAACAGAGAACAGAAAGGAGGGAGAAGAAAUCGAAACUGUGGUCCAGAAGUGCCACGCCCACGACGGUGUCGCCCGCGUGACAAAUGCCUUGGAUGAGGUGGUUACGUGGGAAAGGGGGGCUCGUGGCCCUCGGGUCUAUGCCCCCGGCGACCCCUUAUCAAUCUGCCCGAAUCAUGGUGCCAGGCUACACGGAACCACACAAAAUCUGCUUGCAGAGGCUGGCUGGCACUCUGCCUUUUUCUCUUUGCAGCUGUGACUAUUGCUGUUUCCUUGUGUAUUAAUUUCAGGGAGUUAGCUCUCAAUGUUCCUGAUGUGCCCCAUAAAGAGUAUAAUGAUUCCUCAAAAGUGGCCUCAAUACCCCCACCUAUAAUUCAAGCUUUUAGGCAAACAGUUAAAGAGGGUCCUAGAAGUUUGGGGGAAUUUAUGAAUGACUUAGAACAAAAAGAACUUAUGACUCAGAGGGACAAAGAGUCUAGCGAGGAGAGAUGAAAGUAAAAGUCCAGGAACUCAUAAACAAUCCACACGCGCAGCCAACAGCAGCUACAAGAAAGCAGUUACAGGAACUAGCCAGUCCUACAAGAAUUAUCAAGGGACAAAUAGAGUUUCUCAUCAAGGGUCGGUGGUGGCAACCCCCUAACUUUGAUCCUAGAUAUAAUAAUUAUUUGGAGCCAUUGCCCUUUACGGGAGCUUAUGAUAAACAUGGGAACCAAUGGGUGAAUCAUAAUAGUAUGAAAACAGAAUGGCAUAAGUUACAGUUCAUGGAAAGAAUAGCUAGGUCCCAACCCCCCUGGUGCCUUCUCACCUGCAAGCAAAGGUUAAAUAUUUUCACACAAAUGAAACCAUGAUUAGAACGAUGGUGGGAAGGGUUUAAUUGUGAUACAAAACAAAGGUCUAAUAACUACGUAGAAGGAAAAACUUCAGCUAGGGCCGUAAUGUUCUCUGUCUGGAUGAGGGACCACAAAAGAAAAAAUAACACCUGUACUCAUGAGAUCUAUUAAUCAUUCUGAAAAAAUUAUGUGACCACAUUGUUAAUUCUAUGUCUAUCGCCCCACUGGCCGAUUGCCAUGUUUCUUCAAAUGAUUGUAUAAAAAACACUGCUUGAUCUGAGUAAAAUUACAACAGUUCACAGCA